AUGCUUUGCUUUACGAUACACUCUUCACACUUUACACUUCGAAAGUUGUUUCUAUUGGCGCCACUAGGUACGAGAUUGCUCUCAAACUAUUUCACCAGUUUCCAGCCCAUCACGACAGCGCAUGCCGCACCCUUCACCCUCCCACAUAAGGCACCCAAGCAACACCCCAAACCCAGCAUAUCAGCACACCAAACUCUCUCGGCAACCACUACACCGCAAGAAUCAUCGCUAUGA